UGGAAGGCCUCCAUGGCCAGUGAUGUCUACAGCUUCGGGAUCCUAAUGUGGGCAGUGCUAGCCAGAAGAGAAGCUGAGAGUAAAACUCUAGGCAGACUCUGGGAUCCUUCACCUCAGUAGUGGACCAUAAAUCACUGCAGUGGGAAGCAGUGUGUGAGAGGCAGAUCCGGCCUGCAUUGACUGAGCUGCCCCAGUCUGGCCCUGAGAUCCUGGCUUGGAAGUACUGAAGGAUUUAAUGCAGCACUGCUGGAGCCAUGAGCCCCAGAAGAGACCCUCCUUCCAAGGUGCGCUGGCCACUUAGCUGGCAGUUGAGAAUGCCGACCAAACACCCAGAAAGUCCUCGAUCUGGUAAAGAAAGGAGAUGUCUGGUAAAAAGAUGAAUGCUGCAGUCUCCACAGUGAGUGCCCAAUGCCCUCACCCCACCUAGGAGCUGGGCAGGAUGACACAACGUGGCUCCCUUGACCACCCAAUGACUCCCCACUGACCACUGUUCUCUAAGCCUUGUCUCUUGUCCCCAGUGUCCCCGCCCCAUCCCUGAGUUCCCAGGCAACAGAUAUGAAGCAAGAGACUCCUCCCUUGGGUUUGCUCUGGCUCUCCCACCUCCAUGCCCAGCCAGCUCCCCAUCCUUGCAGGUAAAGGAGUUCCUGUCCGAGCACAGGGGCAGCAGCAGGUUGUUGUCUGUCCUCAAGCCAGGCCCGGAAAGUACAGAAAUGGAUGGCCCUGGGGGAACCACAGGAAGCCAUGAUUCCGUGGUCUCUGAAAUGAUGAACCUGAAUCUGGAGGGGUACCCCAGAGACCUUACCUGUCAGAAACCAGAAGCCCAGCCCCACCUCGGCUUGGACCCCAGGUCCUGGACCCCAAGGGUAUCAGGGGGCUGAGAUACGUGACACCAACUGGCCUCCCAGGGCACCAGGGCCAAAUCCAGUACCAGCUGCUGUCUGGGAGUGGACAGCGACGGCUCCACAAAGCUACACGCAGAUGUGCCCCUCCCCUGGAGCUGGACACCACUGGAGUAUGGACCACUCAGAUACGGCCACACCGCUGCCAUCUAGGCUGGAGGAGCAGGGAAUGACCGCCUCCCAUCCUAACCUAGAACCUAGCCCCCGUAUGGCACCAUGUUCUUCUUCCCUGCAUCCUUGCCAGCCUUCGCUCCAGCCCGCCCUCAGUCUCCCCACAUCCAAGCCCCAGGGGUCACCCCAAGGCGGUAUAGCUCUGGGCAGGGGAGACCAUGGCCCGCCUCUUCAGUCCCCGGCCGCCUCCCAGCGAAGACCUCUUCUACGAGACCUACUACAGCCUGAGCCAGCAGUACCCACUGCUGCUACUGCUGCUGGUGAUCGUGCUCGUCGGGCUCCUGGUGCUGCUCGCUGUUGCCUGGGCCAGCGGCAGGUCCAGGAAGAGGAGCUGGCCUCAGACCCGGGCUUCCUGACCACUAUGCUGUGCGGGCUGGGCGGCUUCUCGCUGCUGCUGGGCCUGGCUUCCCGCGAGCAGCGACUGCAGCGCUGGACGCGUCCCCUGUCGGGCCUCGUGUGGGCAGCGCUGCUCGCGCUAGGCCUCGGCUUCCUCUUCACCGGGGGCGUGGUGAGCGCCUGGGACCAGGUGCCCUUUUUCCUUUUUGUCAUCUUCACCGUGUAUGCCAUGUUGCCCUUGGGCAUGCGGGACGCCGCCGCCGCGGGCCUCGCCUCUUCACUCUCACACCUGCUGGUCCUCGGGCUGUAUCUUGGGCCUCAGCCGAACUCACAGCCCGCGCUGCUGCCGCAGCUGGCGGCAAACGCGGUGUUGUUCCUGUGCGGGAACGUGGCCGGAGCAUACCACAAGGCGCUGAUGGAGCGCGCGCUGCGUGCCACGUUCCGGGAGGCGCUUAGUUCCCUGCACUCCCGCCGGAGACUCGACACCGAGAAGAAGCACCAGGAACACCUUCUCUUGUCCAUCCUUCCUGCCUACCUGGCCCGAGAGAUGAAGGCGGAGAUCAUGGCACGGCUGCAGGCUGGACAGGGGUCACGGCCAGAGAGCACCAACAACUUCCACAGCCUCUAUGUCAAGAGGCACCAGGGAGUGAGCGUGCUGUAUGCUGACAUCGUGGGCUUCACGCGGCUGGCCAGUGAGUGCUCCCCUAAGGAGUUGGUGCUCAUGCUAAACGAGCUCUUUGGCAAGUUCGACCAGAUCGCCAAGGAGCAUGAAUGCAUGCGGAUCAAGAUCCUGGGAGACUGUUACUACUGUGUCUCCGGGCUGCCGCUCUCGCUGCCAGACCACGCCAUCAACUGCGUGCGCAUGGGGCUGGACAUGUGCCGGGCCAUCAGGAAACUUCGGGCAGCCACCGGCGUGGAUAUCAACAUGCGCGUGGGCGUGCACUCGGGCAGCGUGCUCUGCGGGGUCAUCGGGCUGCAGAAGUGGCAGUAUGAUGUCUGGUCCCAUGACGUCACUCUGGCCAACCACAUGGAGGCGAGUGGAGUGCCAGGACGAGUACAUAUCACAGGGGCUACGCUGGCACUGCUGGCAGGGGCUUAUGCUGUGGAGGAUGCAGCCAUGGAACACGGGGACCCAUACCUUCGGGAGCUAGGGGAGCCGACCUACCUUGUCAUCGAUCCCCGGGCUGAGGAGGACGAGAAGGGCACUGCAGGCGGGUUGCUGUCCUCUCUUGAGGGCCCCAAGAUGCGUCCAUCACUGCUGAUGACCCGCUACCUGGAGUCCUGGGGUGCAGCCAAGCCUUUCGCCCACCUGAGCCAUGUGGAGAGCCCUGUGUCCACCUCCACCCCUCUCCCGGAGAAGGCCCUGUCUUCCUUCAGCCCCCAGUGGAGCCUUGACCGGAGCCGUACUCCCCGGGGACUAGAUGAUGAACUAGACACCGGGGAUGCCAAGUUCUUCCAAGUCAUCGAACAGCUCAACUCUCAGAAACAGUGGAAACAAUCAGAGGACUUCAACCCAUUGACACUCUACUUCCGAGAGAAGGAGAUGGAGAAAGAGUAUCGGCUCUCUGCACUCCCCGCCUUCAAAUACUAUGCAGCCUGCACCUUCCUGGUCUUUUUCUCCAACUUCAUCAUCCAGAUGCUGGUGACAAACAGGCCCCCAGCUCUGACCAUCACCUAUAGCAUCACCUUCCUCCUCUUCUUCCUCCUCCUCUUCGUCUGCUUCUCAGAGCACCUGACGAAGUGUGUCUUGAAAGGCCCCAAGAUGCUGCACUGGCUGCCCACACUGUCUGUCCUAGUGGCCACACGGCCCGGACUGCGAGUUGCCCUGGGCACCGCUACCAUCCUGCUCGUCUUCUCCAUGGCCAUUACCAGCCUGGUCUUCUUACCGGCAGCAUCAAACUGCCCUUUCCGGGCUCCCAAUGUGUCCUUCACGGCUUCCAACCUCUCCUGGGAGCUCCCUGGGUCCCUGCCUCUCAUCAGCGUCCCCUACUCCGUGCACUGCUGCGUGCUGGGGUUCCUCUCCUGCUCCCUCUUCCUGCACAUGAGCUUCGAGCUGAAGCUGCUGAUGCUGCUGCUGUGGCUGGCAGCCUGCUGCUCCCUCUUUCUGCACUCCCACGCCUGGCUGUCCGACUGUCUCAUCGCCCGCCUCUAUCUGGGUGCCUUGGACUCCAGCCUCCUCAGGCCAGGGGUGCUGAAGGAGCCUAAAUUGAUGGGAGCAAUCUCCUUCUUCAUCUUCUUCUUCACCCUCCUGGUCCUGGCUCGGCAGAAUGAGUAUUACUGCCGCCUGGACUUCCUGUGGAAGAAGAAGCUGAGGCAAGAGCAGGAGGAGACAGAGACGAUGGAAAACCUGACUCGGCUGCUCUUGGAGAAUGUGCUCCCCGCGCACGUAGCCCCCCAGUUCAUCGGCCAGAAUCGGCGCAACGAGGACCUCUACCACCAGUCCUACGAGUGUGUUUGUGUCCUCUUCGCCUCAGUCCCAGACUUCAAGGAGUUUUACUCUGAAUCCAGCAUCAACCAUGAGGGGCUAGAGUGUCUGCGGCUGCUCAAUGAGAUAAUUGCUGAUUUUGAUGAGCUGCUCUCCAAGCCCAAGUUCAGUGGGGUGGAGAAAAUCAAAACGAUCUGCAGCACCUACAUGGCAGCUACAGGCUUGAACGCCACCUCUGGACAGGACGCACAGCAGGAUGCUGAGCAAAGCUGCAGCCACCUUGGCACCAUGGUAGAGUUUGCUGUGGCCCUUGGGUCUAAGCUGGACGUCAUCAACAAGCACUCAUUCAACAACUUCCGCUUGCGUGUGGGGUUAAACCACGGACCUGUAGUGGCCGGAGUGAUUGGGGCCCAGAAACCACAAUAUGACAUCUGGGGCAACACGGUGAACGUGGCCAGCCGAAUGGAGAGUACAGGCGUCCUGGGCAAGAUCCAAGUGACCGAAGAGACAGCCUGCGCCCUGCAGUCCUUAGGCUACACCUGCUACAGCCGGGGCAUCAUCAAGGUCAAAGGCAAAGGGCAGCUCUGCACCUACUUCCUGAACACAGAUUUGACACGAACUGGACCUCCCUCGGCCACCCUAGGCUGAGAACCCCACCCCCUCCUCCCACCUAUAAGAUCCUCAAUGAAGAUACUCUGGUAUGUCUCGGUUAGAAUUGAUGUCAGAAGCUACUAGUGUAUCUGGGGAGCAUCUUCUCCUCGCCUCUCAGUAGUAUGGCUUCUUCUCAGGCCAAACUGAGUGUUUGUGUGUGUGCAAGUGUGAGCAUGAGUGUGUUAAAAAGGAGUGAUUCUUUCUCACAAGCUCAGCAAGACGACUGCCUCAGCCUUCCUGCCUGCCUGCCAACAUGAUUCCAGUGUUUUGUACCCUUGGAAGCAGAAAGGAUUUUAUCCACAUGACUCAAAACAAAGACUUGUCCUUUCCUGCUCCCCAUCCACUGGAAAGAAUCCCCAGUAAAAUGUCAUUUGAUCUUUAUUCAUUCAACAAACACUAAAUAAG